AUGAAACGACCGAUCUUUAGAUAUUGGGAGAACUUCAUCAUGCUUUCUUCAAGAAAAAUCAAGAAGAUUUCGGACUCGCUUAGAAGAAUUUUGAAUUUCGGGAAUGGUGUAAACGGACCAGAAAUACUUUUACAUUGCAGCUUCGUCGUCGAUCCAGACAAAUGCAAAGAAAACAUUGAUUUAUUACUAGGUCAAAUUCAAGAGCUAAAUCCCCAACCAGCUCCUGAUGCAUGUUUCCUGCCAGUCGUUCAAGUCGCCGCUCAAGCUUUUGAUUCCUGCCAACGCGCUGGUAAAUUGUUCCUGUUCCACUCUUCGCUGCCCACUGUUGCCGCUCCCGGAAAAUUGCAAAACAGAGAUGACAGAAAACUCAUAGCCACUGACAAGGAAAAGUUCCUCUUCCAAGCUGCUGACAAAAUCUACGAAAAGGUUGGAAAAGAUCUCUAUGUUGACGUUGCUUCUAUUCAAGUCGCACUGCUGUACACUUCUGUCGAAAGACGACUUAGAAUUCACAAUUUACAGCUCGGCGUAAUCAGCCAACUAGCGGACGUAUACAAAGUUGCAGAAACAGAUGCGAUGAUGAAUUUCUUUUCCAAACUGGCGGUCAGAAGUUGCAGAGACACCUCGCCACAGAAGCUCAAAGAAGGAAUAAUUCAACGCUUUCCUAUCGCUACCUAUCGAAAACAUUGCGCUGAUCCUAGCUCAAUUGGCCAGUUGAUUCUCCCUGAAAGACUAAAGGUCAUGCCAGCAUAUAUGAACUCUUUGUUAUGCAACGACGACAUUUUCCCCCAUCACGAAACAAAUACGGACGACUGGGCUUAUCUCAGACAGAAAAUCUUGCAGAUGAAUGUUCGAGCUUCUUGCGCAUAUUUCUAUGCAUGUGUUUAUCCUAUUCUUAAUACUGCGUUGGAUCCCGCACUUCCAAAACUUUCUUUGAGAUGUUCUAUCGAAAGAUUCAAACAAGAACAGGUUUAUGUUAUUGAAAAUGGACUUCAAUUGUACAUCUGGGUCGGCGAAAAUGUCACUCCAAACGGCGUGCAAUCAAUUUGGGAAGUCAACUCUUCCCGACACUCUUUCAAAGCUAGAAACCGAGCAAAGACGUCAAAAUAA